AUCAGGGAAGUACAAAAUAAAGACCAUGAAUUGAAGCAAGUAAAGAGCUGGUUGGAAAGUACAAGCAAACCUGCAUACGAGGAUAUAAGUGGUCUUGGAUAUGUUUUAAGAUCUCUUUGGUCUCAGUGGGAUAGCCUUGUGGUAGAAAAUGGUAUCUUAUACCGGAGGUAUGAUGCUGGAAAUGGAAAAGCGUCUUGUCUACAAGCAAUUAUACCCCGAAGCGAACGCAGAAUUGUUUUGCAAUAUUGCCAUGAUAUGAAGACUGCUGCACAUUUGGGUGUUACCAAGACACUAGCCCGAGUUCGACAGAAAUACUAUUGGCCAGGUUUACAAGCUGACACUAGAACCUACAUAGCUGGCUGUGAAAAGUGCUCUAAGAGAAAGAGUCCACAAAUGAGGAAGCGAGCACCAAUGAAACUUGUAAAAAGUGGGAUUACCAUGGACAGAAUUGCGACUGACAUCUUGGGUGAACUUCCGUUGACUGAAAACGGCAAUAAAUAUAUUCUAGUCAUUUCCGACUAUUUUACUAAAUGGACGGAGAGUUUUGCCAUGCCAAACAUGGAAGCUGCAACCGUUGCUAGAAUUAUAGUUGAGGAAGUUGUUGUACGAUAUGGAACACCCUCAAUCAUCCAUUCUGACCAGGGUCGCCAGUACGAGAGCGAACUGUUCUCCGAGAUGUGUCAUGUCUUACAUAUAAAGAAGACACGUACCACCCCUUACCACCCACAAAGUGAUGGGAUGGUGGAACGUUUUAAUAAGACACUUGUGACGAUGCUUAGUGCCUACGUAAAUGAUCACCAUUCUGACUGGGAUAGGUUUUUACCUUAUGUCAUGAUGGCAUACAGAUCAUCAUUACAUGAGACCACAGGGUUCACACCAAACCUCAUGAUGCUUGGUAGAGAGGUGACUACACCGCUGGACAUUAUGUACGAGAUGCCAACGGAAGUUAAAUAUAUUCCAAGCAACAAGUGGGCAUGGCAACUCAAAGAGACAAUGGAGGAGGCUCACAAGUAUGUCAGAGAGAAUAUAAACACAGCUAUGGUGAGACAGAAAAGGUACCACGACCAGAAACUAUCAUGGCAAAAGUUCAAGCCAGACGAUCAAGUUUAUGUUUACUUUCCUAUCAGAAAGGUCGGAAGAUCCCCGAAGUUCACUAGUUACUGGCAAGGUCCAUUUAAAGUACUCAGAAAACUGACAGACUUAACCUACAAGGUUGAUUGUGGACAACGUGGCAAACCACAGGUCGUGCAUGUUGACAGGUUACGACUAAAGCGUGAUCAGAUAUUAAGAGAAGAGGUUGUUGAAGAGGCUAGUUCUCAGGUAGAAACUAACCAAUCUGCUACAAGCAACGUCAAGGCGGAUGUUAUAAGCGAUGAAGGGUCUGAAACAGAUGAGGUUGACAAUGAUGUUAACUUGGGUGCAACGGGUGGUUCUAGAAUUAGAAGACAGCCUAAAUGGCUGCAAGAUUAUGUCCAGUGGUAAAUUGUCUUUACAACAAGUUUUUUUUCUGUUGUAGAGAAAUGGCGAAGACGAAGACUACCAGUGCAGAACAGCUGAAGAAAUGUCCAUUCUGUUCCUUUAAAAGUAGAAGUCACUCGGAAUGGAAAGACCACAUGGCCGAGUGUUAUGAAACCAGACACUUUUGUAGACGAUGUGAUUAUUCGACAGAUAAGAAAGUCAACUACAUACGGCAUCUUAAGAGAAACCACCCAGACGAAGUUGAGAGAGGUCAAGGCAGCCAACAGUCUGAUAAUGCAGAGGGUAUUAAAUCCAGUGAAGAUAGUUUAUCUAGAGAUCUCCACAAGGACGAGUCUUCAGAUGAAGAGGAGUGGCUCUCACAGGAACCCGACAUAACCAUUGACGAAGAACCGGGUACCAGUGGACCUUCACCCUGUGAGAAAGCCGUCGACCCUACUGUUAGAAAGAGGACUCAACCCAUGCCCGUGUAUACAUCUGACCGUUGUAAGACACCGAGGCUGGAUGACAAGACAAAUGACCCCCCGUGCAAAGUUGCAGAUAAGGCUGUUCAGACAGACCCAGUUGUAUAUACCAAGUCGAUCAAGACAACAACCAUUGUCCGGGAGCACGGACGCAAGACAAUCACUGUGAAGAGGGAAAAGAUGCUGUAGAUCAUCGGCAUAUUGACUUGUUAAUUUUUAUUUCCUUAUUGUUUGUUCUGACAGUAGAAUCAUGCGGGACGCAUAUUCUUAAGGGGAGGGAAGUGAAACGGUUGAAAGAGUUAUCUUCCCUUGUUUGUAUUUUUAUUAUCAGUAAUUAUUGUUAAUAGUGUA